AUUCAUUGGCCCGGAAUUUGUGAAGCGUGCUAGCAGCUAGCACCCUAAACUAGAAUUUCCAACUGAAAAGUGAAAAUAGUAGUUAAGAAGGAAUACAAGUAAAAAUUAACUUAUAGAAGAAAUAAAAGUGAGAAAUGAAUUUGCCUCCAAACACUGGAACUGCUCGAGGACGGGGUCGCGGGCUAAAGAGCAAGGAAGAAGCAAACCGCGGCUUGGGUCCCCAACUGGGCCGGUCUUCUCAUUCUUCUCAAUCGAGUAAAAAUGAAGCCUCUGGAGGUCAAGGAGCCAGUGAUGCACCACCUAGAAACUUGCAGAAGUCGGAUCGCAGCUCAGAAACCAAGUCGGGCGAGGCUGAAGUUCAAAGCUCUGAGAGUGAUCCUCGUGGCUCUGUGCGUGGUCGUCGCUUGAUUACGGAUGUAGUACACUCCCGUCCCCAGGGACUGAUAACAAAAAAUGGAGUGUCUGGAAACAAAAUUACUGUGCAGACAAACUAUUUUAAAAUUUUAAAACGCCCAAACUGGACCAUUUACCAGUACCGCGUGGAUUUUGUGCCGGAUGUUGACAAUACGCGUUUACGUCGGGCAUUCGUAAACGAACAUCGUAGCAUUUUGGGGGGCUACAUAUUUGACGGUACCGUUUUAUUUUGCACGAAUCAAUUUAAGCCAGUCCAAAAUAGCCCCUAUGUUCUGGAACUGCUGACCGAGAGCCGCUCUGGUGAAAAAAUUGAAAUCAAAAUCAAAGCUGUUGGUUCGGUUGAGGCAGCCGACAACCAGCAGUUCCAGGUUCUCAAUCUUAUUCUGCGCAGAGCUAUGGAGGGGUUAAACUUGCAGCUGGUUUCGCGCAAUUUUUUCGAUCCUAAAGCAAAGAUUAACUUGGAGAACUACCGCAUGGAACUCUGGCCUGGAUAUCAGACUUCGAUUCGUCAACACGAAAGUGAUAUACUACUUUGUGCUGAAAUAGCCCAUAAGGUAAUGAGAACUGAUACCUUGUAUAACAUUUUAUCCGAGGCUAUUCGUGACAAUGACGAUUAUCAGACUGCCUUUAAACGCGAAGUAAUGGGUAUGGUGGUAUUGACGGAUUACAACAACAAGACUUAUCGUGUUGACGACGUAGACUUUGAAUCAUCGCCAUUAGCUAAAUUUAAUACCAAGGAAGGGGAUAUUUCGUAUGUGGAGUACUAUAAAAAGCGAUACAACAUCACUAUACGAGACUUUAAGCAGCCUUUGAUUGUGUCUCGUCCCACCGAUAAAAAUAUUCGUGGUGGCGUCGAUCAGCUUAUUAUGCUUAUUCCCGAGCUGGCUCGGGCAACAGGCAUGACCGACGCAAUGCGCGCCAAUUUUCGAUUGAUGAAGGCCAUGAGCGAGCAUACCCGAUUGACUCCAGAUCGUCGCAUUGAGCGCCUGCGGGUGUUCAACCAGCGAUUGAAAUCCUCCAAGGAGAGUAACGAAACCAUGAAGUCUUGGAACAUCGAACUCGACUCGGCUUUGGUCGAGAUCCCUGCUCGCGUUCUGCCACCGGAGAAAAUCGUGUUCGGGCAAAAUAAAAGAUAUCUGUGCGACAGUCGCGCCGACUGGAACAAUGAGUUUCGCAACUCCUCGAUGUUCAGUCACGUGGACAUUAAGAGGUGGUACGUGAUUACCCCGAGUCGAAAUUUGCGCGAGACCCAGGAGUUUGUGAAGUUGUGCAUCCGGGCAGCUAACGGCAUGAAAAUGCUUAUUUCCGAACCUCGCUACGAUGAAAUUAGGGACGACCGUAAUGGAACUUACUCUCAGUCGAUUGACAACGCCGUGGCAAAGGAUCCACAGAUUGUAAUGGUUGUGAUGAAGUCUCCGAAUGAAGAGAAGUACAGCUGCAUCAAAAAACGCACCUGUGUGGACAGACCGGUACCAUCGCAAGUGGUGACUUUGAAAGUCAUUGCCCCUCGCCAGGAAAAAGCGGCUGGUCUUAUGUCGAUUGCUACGAAGGUGGUUAUCCAGAUGAACGCCAAACUAAUGGGUACUCCCUGGACUAUAGAGCUCCCAGUUCGCGGCUUGAUGACGGUUGGAUUCGAUGUCUGCCAUUCGUCGAAGAACAAAAACAAGUCCUAUGGCGCUCUAGUAGCUACCAUGGACAUCAGAACGUCGGGCCGCUACUUCUCAUCGGUGACUGAGCACAUGAAGGGCCAGGAGUUAUCCGACCAGAUGUCGCUGAACAUGACCUGUGCUCUGAAGGCCUACCGGGAGCACCACGGUACCUUGCCAGAGCGCAUUCUUUUCUACCGCGACGGCGUUGGUGAUGGCCAGCUUUACCAAGUUGUGAACACUGAGGUGAAGUUUCUGAAGGCCAAGCUCGACGAAAUCUACAAAUCGGCUGGCAAAGAGGAGGGCUGCCGAAUGGCCUUUAUUAUAGUGGCCAAGCGCAUUAACUCGCGCUAUUUCGUAAACAAGCGCAAUCCAAAUCCGGGCACUGUGGUGGACGACGUUAUAACCUUGCCAGAGCGUUAUGAUUUCUUUUUGGUGUCACAGGCUGUUCGCCAAGGAACAGUGUCACCUACCAGUUACAACGUAAUAUCCGACAACAUGGGGAUGAGCGCCGAUAAGCUGCAGAUGCUCACUUACAAAAUGACCCACAUGUACUACAAUUUCUCCGGUACUGUCCGGGUGCCAGCCGUGUGCCAGUACGCACACAAAUUGGCGUUCCUCGUGGCCGAAAGUAUUAAUCGGUCCCCGUCAGCCGGACUGGAAAACCAAUUAUACUUUUUGUAGAUAUGUACAUGACACUUGCAUCAAAAAAUGAUUUUAUUGUUCAAUUUUUAUGACAUGUUUUAAUAUUAAGAUUAUGUAUCAAAAUGAAUAGAUACCUAGCACCUGCGCAUAUUUGGAAUUUCAAGCAAAUAAAGUGAUGCCAAUUUAUUGUUUCCGGAAAACAAAAUA